AUGGAAAAGCAGCAUCGCCUUCAAAUAGAAGCAGAUAAUUACAGCUACCUCAGGAGUAUGCAGGGCCAAAAUAUUCCUAUUUGUCUUGGAACCUUUACGCCGCAAGUUUCAUAUUGGUACCAUGGCGAGCUAAUGGAGCAGAUGAUAAUUCUCAGCUGGUCGGGAGGAGACUCCAGCACGCUAUCAAUGACGAGAACACGAUUUUUUUUUCACCAGGAGCGCAAGAAAGCCUUGGCUGCGUUCCGUUCGCAUAGAGUGGUCCACCGCGACAGUGAGUGGCGCAAUAUGUUGUGGGAUGACCUAGAUAACCGUUUGAUUGUCAUUGACUUGGAAGAUCUGGAACGGUUGAAGCGCUCUCGUACCCUUGAGCUAACGUCUGGAAAUGCACGGUAUGGCCAUCUCGCAAAGGUGAGAAAAUACGGGCAAGUACCGCUAUCGAACUCCAUUGCUAUUCGCAUAUGA